AUGGUGGCGAGUUUCGUUGUUGAGGACGAUAAUGCUGGAUCGGGCGAAAUCGAAUUUGAAGAAUUUGCUGCAAUGGUGGCGAGUUUCGUUGUUGAGGACGAUAAUGCUGGUAUGGAAGAGGAACUGCGAGAGGCAUUUCGUUUAUACGAUAAAGAGGGCAAUGGAUAUAUCGCCGUGUCAGAUUUGCGCGAUAUCUUACGAGCUUUGGAUGAAAAUGUAUCAGAGGAAGAGCUGGACGAGAUGAUCGCCGAUAUUGAUACUGAUGGUUCCGGUACCGUAGAUUUUGAUGGUAUGUUCUUCCUAGCCAGGAAUUGA